AUGGGAAAACAAAACAGCAAGUUAAAGCCAGAGGUCUUGGAAGACCUAAGACAAAAUACUGAAUUUUCUGAUGCGGAGAUUCAAGAAUGGUAUAAAGGUUUUUUAAAGGAUUGUCCAGGUGGUAAUUUAAGUGUUGAAGAGUUUAAGAAAAUUUAUGGAAAUUUCUUUCCCUACGGUGACGCGUCUAAAUUUGCAGAGCAUGUAUUUCGAACAUUUGAUGCCAACAGUGAUGGAACAAUAGAUUUCAGGGAAUUCCUUUGUGCUCUGUCAGUCACAUCGCGUGGAAAGUUGGAACAAAAAUUGAAAUGGGCAUUCAGCAUGUACGACCUGGAUGGCAAUGGGUUCAUUUCACGACAAGAGAUGUUGGAAAUUGUUACGGCCAUUUAUAAGAUGGUAGGCACCGUAAUGAAGAUGCCUGAGGAUGAAUCGACGCCAGAGAAGAGGACAGAUAAAAUUUUUAGGCAGAUGGACAAGAACAAUGAUGGCCGACUAUCGUUGGAGGAGUUUAUCGAAGGUGCCAAAAGUGAUCCGUCUAUCGUUCGACUGUUGCAGUGUAACCAUGCCGUCCAGUAG